UAGAAUAUGGUGGUAGUUGCUGGAAGGAGUUUUGGUGUUAUCUUCUGCUUCGGUUGUUCUUCUCUUCCUGCGACCAAAAGUCAAAGGAAGUUUGGGACAACAACGUUGGCAAAGAGGGACGAGGUUCAAGAGAACAGCAAGAGUGAAAAGCGAUCCUUUUUCUCACUGAAGAUUUCAAAAUCAUUUCUUGCUCGAACUGCUAUUGGAGUGUUUGGGUUGGGGUUCAUUGAUGCUGGGUACAGUGGAGACUGGUCAAGGACUGGAGUGAUAACAACACAGAAUGAGGAAUUGCUUAGGCUUGCAGCUUUUCUAGUAGUUCCCUUGUGUAUCUUUCUCAUUGUUUCUCUGCCCGUUGAUUCAGAUUCGUAUACUUCUUAAUUCUGCAUGAGUUUAAUGUGCAUAACUUGUAUGUUUAAGUAUUUCAACAUUUCUUGUGGGUAUGAAUUGUUGCUUUAAAUGAUCUGAAGAUUUACCCUUUCUAGUAGCUAUUGAUUGGCCCUAGUUCAGUAGUUUCAGGUUAGUGUGACUGUUUAAGCGUCACAAAAUUAAAAAAUCGAUUGGUUACUAACAUUCAAUGGUUUCCUGAGAAAAAACUGUAAACAUUUGAAUGAUCAAUCUCUGUUUCUCAA